AUGAAAAUCAAUCAGAACAUCAAUCCGAAAAUCAAUCAGCCGAACGUCAGUCAGAACAUCAAUCAGAAGGUCAACCCGAACGUCAACCCGAACGUCGAUCAGAACAUCAAUCCGAACAUCAAUCCGAACAUCAAUCCGAACAUCAAUCAGAAAACCAAUCCGAACGUCAAUCAGAAAAUCAAUCAGAAAAUCAAUCAGAAAACCAAUCCGAAAAUCAAUCUGAGCGUCAAUCAGAAGGUCAACCCGAACAUCAAUCAGAACAUCAAUCCGAAAAUCAAUCAGCUGAACGUCAGUCAGAACAUCAAUCAGAAGGUCAACCCGAACGUCAAUCAGAACAUCAAUCCGAAAAUCAAUCAGCCGAACGUCAGUCAGAACAUCAAUCAGAAGGUCAACCCGAACGUCAAUCCGAACGUCAAUCCGAACAUCAAUCCGAACAUCAAUCAGAAAACCAAUCCGAAAAUCAAUCAGAACAUCAAUCCGAACAUCAAUCAGAAAACCAAUCCGAACGUCAAUCCGAAAAUCAAUCUGAGCGUCAACCUCCAGACCCAAAUUUGGAUUCAAUCUUUCCUGAAGAAGUCAGUCGAUAACGCAAUAUGCAAGAAUCAUAAUUGGACAGAAGAUGAUCCACGCGACGUUGAUAUUGCACUUUCUGAGGGUCGCGCAACCCCUUCCCAAAAAUUCCGGGCCUGGCUGGGGCGAUACUCAUGGGCCGAAGAUUACAUGGACUGGGCACAGUUAACCUAUCAUUGUUCUCGUUCUUCGCUCUUGAAAUUGGACCCAAAAGAUACCGAGGCGAAGACACGGGGUCACAUCACUGAAUAUUUGUCUAUUUUGUCUAAGGGUGAAAAGACCCGAAAAUCGAUACAACAUGGGCUAAAAUAUCAUGCUUUUGAGCAAAUUUAUGGAAGCCAUGGAGGGCUCGUGAUUUCUAUCCAAAUGUUCACUGCAUUUCGGGACCUAGCCUACUCGCAUCUUCACACACUAGCGAGAAUGAUCCACGAAUCAAAGGAGUGGUCAGAUCUUGCCGAGCAGAAAGAAGGAUGGCUUUCCGAAUGCCAAUCAGAGUACUUUAAGUCUUGUGUCGAUAGGUUUAAUAAUGACCGCACUACACAAGAAGCUCGCCGUGUUUCUGCAGACUAUUCUAAUAGUACUGAAUCGCAUUUACCCCAACAGAACGACCCCCUCGGAGAAAUAUUCCUUGAUUUUGAUCCCCUUCAAGAGAUCUUCCUAGAUUUUGACCCCCUCGAAGAGAUCUUCCCAGAUUUUGACCCUCGUGAAGAGAUCUGCCCAGAUCUUGAACCCCAAACCUUUCAGCAACCUUCAUUCCCUUGUAGUACGACAGAGCUACGCAUGCCUGCUGCUUCUAGGCAAAACACAGCGAGCCAUGAUACUCCACUGGAACCGAAUGAUAUUUUUAUUCCUCUGUUCAACACACCCUCAGCUCAAGCAGUCUCUUGA